CUGGGGAUCGCUGCGGCCGCCCCCGGAGGCAGCGCUUCCUUUGCUGCACAGAGGAUGAAUGUCUCUGCAAGGUCAUCUCUGCCUUCGGCUGCGCGGCGGCACUGAAGAUGAUUUCUCCCGGUCAAACACUGAACACGUUUCACCUGAGCAAUUUCAUAGCGAUUUUGAUUUGUCUUGAUUGGCUCUAAGGGAAAGUUGUUCCUGACCACAAUCCCCUUGAUACAAAUACUGCUCCGCAAGAGUAUUGCUGGAGGAAGCUGACUGCAAGCUACAGCUCAGAGAAAUUCCAUGGGGACAGUGCCAGAUCCUCUGAGGUCUGCCAAACUUUUGUUGGUUGCCACUUCUGAAGAGAGAGAUUGCCUGGGAGAUCCGCAGUCCACUAAGCACCAGCACAAACUAGCAAGCCUAGAGAGGAGCAGUAAUGGCAUUUCUUACACCCAGGCUGAAUCUGCUGGAGUUUGCUUGUUUGACCUGAACUGUACUGUAGUUUCCGACAUUCAAAGGGAUGAGCGUCUCUGUGGGGAUGAUACUAGCCAGCCAGACAUGUUUUUGCCUGGGUCCUUCAGCCAAGCUGAAGAAGUGCCUCCUGCAUGUACAGAAUCGGCCAGUGACUCCGAGCAAAAGGUCAGCAGUGACUCCACAGUGCAAACGCCAAUUAUAGCAAGAACCUGUGCAGCUGGGCAUGCAACAGAUAUGAUGCCAGCUACCCACAAUUCCAACCAGCUUAUACAAAGUGAUCUACCAAGGAUAAAGUCACUGGCACAAGUUGAUGACUGUGCAGUGAAGGUCUGUAGAAUGAAUGAUCCGGCAGAACUUCAAGAGUUAAAUUAUCCUUCCCCAGACAACACUAUCAAGGGUAGCGAGUCCUGUCAUCAUUCUUCUCAAGCAAAUACCCUGCAAAGAAUAGACAUGGAGAAUGAAAAAGUAGUGGAAAUAAACGACCCUGGCUUCUCUCUGGCAGCCACUCCAGUGAGGGACUCUGACGCUAUUCCUGAUCUGGGGAUCAGGCCGCAGGUUUAUUCAGAAGCAGAGAUAAGGGCUGCAAAUGAUGAUGUGAAAUCCUGUCCCACUUUUAGGACUGCACUUGCACAGAGCAAUGAGGCUUCGCCACCAUCCAGCUUUGAGGGGACACUGCCCGUGUGCAAGGCAGAGACAGAGAAAACAGGACCAGUGCUGUCACAGCUCUCCAGGUUCAGAGAAGCAAGUACAAUGACAGUCCAGCCUGAGAGCACAUCUUUAACUCAGGAGGCAGUAAACAGGACAUGGCGUGAUGCUGAGGUUCAGGCAGUGGCCAGUAUGGAGACCAAAUCCGCUUCCACCAGCCCAAGUAUCCUUGCUGCAUUCCUCAAGGGGAAUCUUCCUUCAGAGGCAAAUGAGCAAUUGCAUAUCAUUUAUCAGAGUGGUGAUGGGCAGAACCAGUCAGAACUUGCUGAUGACUUUGCAUCACUCCAAGAGCCAGCCUUGUGUCUUGGUAUCGCACCAGAAAUGUGUGCUCUGACAGUGGUGAUGGAUACAGUGAAAGCUCAGCCUGCCAAACUGCAAAAGCAUCAAGGAGACCAACCUGACACCAUCUGUCCAGUGCUGUCAGGUAGCACAACACCUGCCUGUCUGUGUCCACAAGAAGCCGGGAACACCAAGGGAAUACCUGCUGAUGGGGCAGAAACACAAGUAGCCUUCUUCACCAGAGACAGCACAGACAUUCCUCAGCUGCCAUCAGAUGCUGCAGUCUUACUGAGGGCAAAACCUGUUUACCAUAUUACGGUUAACACCAGUAAUCAACCUGCAGCACCUCAGGAGUCUGGAGAUGGUGAACCCCACCCGUCUCCAUUUGCAGCAAUCCCAGAAGCCAGCAACAACUUUAUGCACCAAGUCAAUGAUUCAGAAAGUAACCAGUCACCUGGACACAGUGGAGUACCCCAUGGAACUGAGCAGACAGAUACCCUGUGCAGCGCAGACGGUAGCAACACUCAUAGAAAGCCUUCACGGUUCCAAAGUAUUGAUGAAGUGCAAAUCAGUCUGGCUAAUGUCAAAACAGAGAGAAAGCCAAAGAAGGAAGAAAAGCUAAUGCUGCUUGAUUCUAAAGGAGGAGUUAACACCAGUACUGGAGCUGCUGCUGGCUCUGUGAAGGUAUAUGCACCAGGCACAGUUAAAAUGGAGCGGGAUAAAAUGUUGGAAGAAACUAAUCAGGCCAAGAAGUCCAGGAGCCUGACUCUGCAAGCUGGAUUUACACCUGAGUUGAAUAUGAAUUCUACCCAUGACCCCCAUAGGCUGAGGACCCCAACAGCUCCACCAGAUCAAAUUAGCAAGGCCAGUGAAAUCAGGAAGGAGCCAACAGCUGUUCCUGCCCCUGCUCCAUUACUGCCACAUCUUGGGGAAAAGAAGAAAAAGCCCACGGAGGCAAAAGUACAGGGGCAGCAAUCCAAGCACAUCCGAGAUGUUGUGUGGGAUGAACAAGGCAUGACAUGGGAGGUAUAUGGUGCUUCACUAGACCCAGAGUCACUGGGGAUCGCUAUCCAAAAUCACUUACAAAGACAAAUACAAGAACAUGAGAAACUGAUCAGGGCACAAAGCACCCAGAACCGGAAAUCGAUUUCCUCAGAUACGUCUUCAAAUAAAAAACUUAAAGGGAGGCAGCAUAAUGUGUUCCAGUCCAUGCUGCAGAAUUUUAGGCGACCUAACUGCUGUAUCCGACCUGCUCCUUCUUCUGUGUUAGACUGAUGGGGGUUUGUGUGUCCACAGGGACAACCCCUCCCCCAAAGGUGGAAAGAAACCCCACUGCUCAGUUGUAUUAUCUGGGAUUAUGAUGCGGUGACUGUGAAAAUUAUUACCUGAAAUUUUCAGAAUAGUCACUACGUUGUCCCUGGAUGAGGUGUCACCCCUUUGUUGUUUCUGUAGUAGACCCUCACCCAGUCUACUGUCAAAUGAAAAGCGAGGCACUUCGCAAAAGCACAAUUUUAAAUUGCCAAUGUACUGCAGUGAGACUGGGAUCUCCUGACUAGACACGAGGCAGAGAGAAGAACAGCAUAAGUGUUUAUCAAAAGUGAUCUUUGUUGUAUCACAAGGACUAGCAUAAGGUGUGGUGGUGGUUGUUCUUUUUAAUUAAAUUAACCUUAAAUAGCUGUAAACACACACAUACUCUCCAAUACUAACAAAUACAAAUUUCUUUUUAAAAAUCUGCAUUAAGUGCACGAAAGGAAUAAGGGGUUAAUAGCUUUCAGUGAUAACAUAUAAAAGGGGAAUUUUCAAAAGACACCAAGGUAGGUAAGUGCUCGUCUCCCCUUGAAAUAUUACAGCAUUUGGUUUCCUAGCACUAUUAGGCUUGUUAGGAAAUCCCAGCAUUAACUAAUAAAAGGUAACUGUUGAUGAGGGGAAUCGCUAGAGCUAGCCAUUAAAAUGCAGAAGUAGAGAAGUAAUUAUGAGGAAUGCUAUGUAGUCCUUUUAGAAUUCUGUUUCUUUUAAAAGAAAAGAGCUUUCAGGCAUAUUCUUUCCAAAGAGAAGAGUGGUGAGCAAAUCAAAUAUGAGUUUUCAAAUCAUUUUGGCUUCCACAGAAACAUGUUAGAUUCUCUACUGUACAGUUACAUGCAUCUGACCACCAGUCAGUUUUUUGUGUGUUGGUAAAUCUUUGGGUAUGUCUACACUACCCGCCAGAUCGGCGAGUAGCGAUCGGUCUAUUGGGGAUCGAUGUAACGCGUCUCGUCUAGAUGUGAUACAUCGAUACCCAAACAUGCUCCCCGUCGAUUCCCGAACUCCACCAGGGCGAGAGACGGAAGCGGAGUCAACAGGGAAGUGGUGGCUGUCACUUCGCGUCCUCGUGGCGCGGGAUCAAGUCAAUCCAAGAUACGUCAACUUCAGCUAUGCUAUUCUCGUAGCUGAAGUUGCAUAUCUUAGAUCGAUCUCCCCCCCGUGUAGACCAGGCCUUAGUUCCAAACUCCAGGAGGAGAGAUCCAGCUCAGAUUCUGAACGUGUAAAAACUGACUUGAGCCCAUAUUGUCUCAAGCCUGCAAGUUGGUAGGAAUUCCAAAUUGGGAGGGCUUGAAGAAUUAGCCACAAACAUACAGAUAAAAUAUUGCCCAGUCCUGCAAAUCUAUGGGAGCGCCUCCUGUGGAGCACUUGCAUCAUUGGGCCCUUAGCCAUGAACUUGCAGAUUCCAAGUAAUUUGAUCAUAUUGCACUAACAUGAAUGCAGUUGUUUUACACAGAUGCACAUGGAAAAUGAAUUCUAAGCUUGCACGCCCAAGUGCUCGUAAAUAACAAACCUUAAAUUUACACACAUAAGUACUUAGAAGUAGUAAAUUUGAUAUACAGUUGGACAUGGCUUGUCCCUGCAGGGAAAAGGGUUCCAACAGACAAAACUAAAUGAGGAACAGAAGCACUUAAAUCAGCCAGCCAUUGAUCUGACUGCACUUUGGCAAGGAGGACCAAACACAGUCAUGCAUUACUUUUUAUAGUAGUGAUGAGAAAAAAAAUAUAUUUAAAAUCCUCACCCAGCUAGUAAAUUUCACAGAGGUCUAACUAGUAUAGGAACAAUGCCUCCAGCAAGGCCUCUGAGAUCCAGAGACAAAAGAAAUUUAAAAAUUGAUCUAAAAUUCCCCAGGUAUUCCCACUUACCUGUUACCUGUCCCUAAACUGUUACCUGUCCUUGAGAGAGUCAAAGCCUCAGUAGCAUUUUCAGACACUUCCUCUUGAUCCUAAAAGCGCUGCUCAACAAGUCAGCCAACACAGCCCCAAAUAAAUAUUCACAGCAAACUGUUAUCUCCUUACUUUGUGAAUUGAUUGCUAACUAUAUGCUUAACAAAUUCAAACAAUUUGAAUAAACCUGAGAAAAUUCUGCUCUACUUGCUGCAUGUCUAGAAUGCAGUAAGAAAGCCAUGGUUGGCCCAUACCAGCUGGCUCAGGCUAAGGGGCUGUUUAAUAACAGUGUAGAUAUUUGGGCUUAGGCUGCAGCCCAAGCUC